UCGAUACACUUUUUUUUGGUGUCAAGUAGACGUGGACAGUGCAACCCAGCCGGAUGGGCAGCGCUUAACCGCACCAGGCGGACAGUACCAGGCCUGUGCCAGAGCAGUGGUGAGAAUGAGGCUCCUCGGCCUCGCUCUCCUAGCGUCAUGCGUCGAGAGCCAGGAUGGCAUCAUAUUAGCCCGGGUCACGUUGUUCGACCAGUGGUUCCGGCGGACGGAGCACACGCGCGCCCACACGUCGAGGCACACGGACGGCAAGGCCGGGCCCGACGCUCCAGAAGCGUGGACCGUGCGGUCGAAGCGGGAUGUAGUAAGGGGCGAGCUCAUCUACAACAAGGCGAAGCGGGUGCGGCGCGGGACGACGGUGCAAGGCAACGUCAGUGUCGUUAUCAAGGGCGUCGGCCGGCACGACGUCGCGCACUCGUCCAAUAGAGGUGGCUCUUUACUAUAUCUGGAGCUGAUGUUCAUGGAGGCGUUGCGGGACCAGCCGGGCAUUCCUCCCUUGCUGGGCGCGUGGUUCGAGACCGACGGGUCGCUGACCUACGUCGUGAAGGACGUGGGCCAGCCCAUCGGCGGGGGCCAGGGUGGGCACACCACGUCCCUAUCGAAGGCUUUUAAGAAAAGAGCCACGGAGACGCCUCUACAAUUAGCUAGAAGCCUAUUAGCAUGCUUCCAGUCCUGGGCCUCGGUGGGGUUCUUGUUGGACGACUUCCGGGCGAACCAGUUCACGAUGGAUGCCCAAGGUCAAAUCUACUUGGUCGACGGGCCCAAAGCGUUGACCGAUUCGGUCCUAGGUGUGCAUGUGGUCAACACGUACCACAAGACGAAGCACCAGAUCGAGAAUGGUGUACACGAGUGUCAGAGGGACGCCGACUGCCCGGCGACCGUGCCCCAGCACUCGUGCCCCGUCGCGUCGCUUGGGGUGAGGAAGUUGGAUGAGGAGGCGGCCCGGUGCGAGCCCGGGUCCGUCGGCGCGCCCGAGGCGCGCGGGAAGUGUAUGGAGGAGACGUGCGAAAGGCUCUCGGAGAAGACGCAUGUCUGGGACGUGGCGAAUCGGCCCUGGUUGUUGCCCUUCAUCGCCGACAAGGCGACGGGGCCCGCGAAAAGUUUCCUGCUUCGGUUGAUCGCCUUCGCGAGCGAGGAGGACCCGGACAAGCGGCCGGACUUCGGGGAGCUGCUGCGGCGCGUCGAUGGUUUUGUUAAGGCGCGGAGCCGGCGGCGGCGGCUGAGUAAUUCCUGAAAUUUAA